AUGACCAGAGGUAUUAAGGGACUAAAAAAGAAAGACAAGGAAAAAGACAAACCACCUACAGAACAGAAAGUGGACUUCCCAGAACCUUUGGUAAAAGCUCACCAAGCUGCUUAUGCUUUUUUGAAUCCUAGCAUAAACAAAUAUGACGAUUUACUAGGACUUUUGGAACAAGCAACCCAAACACAGGUUUCUGUGCAGACUAUGGUUGCUUUUAUGGCUCUACGCUAUGAGGAAAUAAUUCAGUGUCUGGAGGAGAUGGCCGAUGAGGGAGAAAAAGUUUUAAAAGAAAAUGGAGAACAUCUUGCUUGGCCAAGUCAAAUGAAAAACCUCUCAUCUUCUCCACCUUUGAAGUCUGGCUCUGCUAAUAUCGAGCCCCCACCGGAUUUGUUGCAGCAGCUGCUUCAGUACACCACACAGAGAAUGCAAAAUGUGAGCCAGACUGUGGGUGGAAUUGGGGAGUCUGCUUUGGAGGAGGCAGUGGAGUACUUUGCCUCUGUCUCAGAGCUUUUAGAGGAGAAACUGAAAGUCAAACACGCAGUAGAGACUAGGCUAAUGCGACUCUUAUCUCGCAUUGAAAUGGCCUCUCUGCGCAAGCCUGGGCCAGAGGAUUCUGCUCUCUUUAGUGAGGACAGUGGUAUUGGGGCUGAGAGUGAAUCCCUUGCUGGAUCUGAAAGACGCCAUAGACGAGAGAGCUGUGCGUCCACUGGGACAAAUAGAACUGUCAGUCCUAUGGGAUAUACCUCCAUGACCAUUAGGCAAAGGGUAUCAAGGCAGAAGCUUGCAAGUCAAAUAAGUCCAAGUGUUUCUCUCACCUCACUCAACUCAUUAGGUUCUAUAUGUACCAUAAAGGCUAAUCACCAAAAAGACUCAUUGCUAGGAUCAGUCUCCUUAGAUUAUGGGGAGGAAGUUGACAAUGAUGAUGAUGAUGAUGAUGAGGACAUGGAUAAAGGCAUGGAAGAUGUAGGUUUUAGACCACGAUCAAAUUCUUCACCUGUAGACCGUGAACAACAACACCCACGCCGGCUACCCCCAAAGCGCAUAGAGAAUCCUCGAAAUGUCGAAAUGACUCUCAAAAUGAAAAAUGCUAUAAGUGGUAGGAUAGAGUUUGUCCAAUCACAGAAUGCUAAUGCCAAAACAAAGAUAAUUGGCAGCCCAAAAACCAGUAGACACCAGUGGACAGAGGAGGAGGAACAAUCUCCAAGGAGGCCUCAAACAACAGCACCUCGGAAGGCAGUGGUAAAAAAGACCCCAGUGACUAGGGAACGUCGUUCCCAGUCAGCAGAAUCCCUGCGGAACAAAGGUGAAGAUCCUACUCUGCUUGAACUAGAAAGGACACAGAAGGAUUUAAACCAGAAGUUACAGAGGAUGAGUAAAAGCAAGGCAGGUGGAAGCAAAGCAGGUGGAAAGACUGCUCCAUCAAAACAAAAUCAAGGAACCUCACCAGCACAAUCUCCAGCAGUAAAUCACAAACAUCCCUUAUUACCGAAGAACAGCAAUCCCCAACCACUUGAUGACAAAGCAGGCCUUAUAAGGAGCAACAGUAAAAAACACGAGGUAGCCAGUGAUGUGGAAGAAGAUAAACUUAAGGACAAGAAAACAUCCAAGGGUCCAAUAAAAGCCACUCCACCCCCAAGCCCUCCUGCAUCACCACGGCCAUCUUCGGGACUUUACAGAGGCAGGAACUCGGUCAAAAGACUGAUUGAUACCUUCAGCCAAGGAAUAGAGGAUCUAGAAGGUCCUAAAGUUCUGGGGCCUCUCAAAGGAGUACGAAAGUGUGGUGUUCCUGUGUUACCUGGUUUAGGGAAUGUAGAAGCUGUGCUAAGCACUGGAAUAACCAGCUGUAGACCGGAAUCCACCUCAUCUGAGAAAGCCAAUGAUUUAGAUCUGGAUAGUCUUCCUCCGCCUCCACUGGAAGUAUUAUUGGACAAUUCCUUCGAAAGUGACCAGAGUCUUUCAACUGGUGGAGCAGAUGACGGGGCUACAAAAGUUGGAAAAUCAACUGUAUUAAAAAGGGCUGCAGUAUCACAUCGACUGAGGGCCUCAGUUAAUUCAGGGACAGUGUUGCCAAGUAAAGGAGGCCUGCCGCAAGCUUCCAAGGUUAUUUCCCUUGCUAGAGCAGAUCAACAAGACACAUCUGCUCCAUCAAAGUUCAGGCAACCAGAUGUCAAACUGGAGGCAGACCCAGGAAAGGAAAAGGAUUCCUUGUACCAGCAAGGCAGAAAGAGUAUACCUCUAAGACACUCUUCAGACUCACAGAGAUCUUCAACAGGUUAUGUAGCAACAAAUCGAUCUGCCAGUCAAGAAGAAUCAGCAGACAUACAAGAUGGUGGCAACCUUUCAGUGCCUAGAUCUAACUCUACAGUGUCUACAGUGCCUCCUUCUUCAGUGGUCAGGAGCCAACCUCCUGCCACGCCUCCCAUGCAUAGGGGGCGAAUGUUACCCUCCACACCUUCUACACCAAGUAGUCUACAUCGAAGACUUCCCAGUCCCCAUAACUUCAAAAGGCAACCUACUCCACCCUCUUCAAGUAGCUCCCCUGUUAACAGGAAACUCACCACACCACCAGUAGUUCAAGAGAGGCUCCCCAGCCCACCUGUCACAAAGCAGAAUAUUUUAAACUCAAAUUCAUCCUCCUCGUACCCUUUCAAAGCACCGUCUCCACCAGCUUCGCCAAAAGUACAAAGAUGGUCAAGGGAGAACAGCAGUGAAGACUCAUCUAAUGCACGGAUGAUCAGUAAUGCACGUUCAGUGUUCUGCCCUGCAUCCCCAUCCCUGUUUGAGGCCCAGCCUUGUCCAGUUCCUCGACCCCCUCAAGCAUGGACCUCUACUGGGGUCUCUUUUCUCUCACGUUCUUGGGGGAGUCGUGGGAGGUUUCCUGUAUCUUUUCAAGGACCUCGACCCUUCAUCCGACGUAGCCAUUCAGACCGAAGGCCAAGUUUAAAUCUGCCACCAAGAUCGCCAGGCAUCUCAGUGGCUGAGACUUGUGGAAGUGAGCCAGCAAUAUGCUCACAGGGGUGA